AUGAUCCCUUCACAAUUAUUCUCGUUUUUCGAUGGGCCGCUUAACACUCUAGUUGUUUGUAUUGCCAGUACUGCAGAUGCAUCAAUACAGACGCCAAAAUUUGGGAUUCUGUGGGUGGUUGAAGGAAGUGAUGAUGGGGGUUCCACCUGGCGUGUUUUGGAUAAACAAACUUCUCAGAUGUUUACAAAACGUUUCCAGCGGAAAACAUUUGAGAUCCAAUCACAAGGUGUCCUAUCAAAUGCAUUCAGGUUGAGUUUUCUAGCAGUUCGAGAUAAGCAGGCAACUUCACGGUUUCAAAUAGGGAGCAUUGACCUUUUUGCCAGAAGUCAGGGAAAUCAGAUGAACUCUCUGACAAAUGAAGCCUAUGAGGAAACUGAGGAAGCUAUGAGAAAAAUGGAUGACGCUUAA